AUGCUCCGCUUUCUUUUUAUCCCAUUCUCAGUACAACGUAAUAAUGAAUUUCCCUGUUUUCCUACUGAUCGAUUCAAACCGGACAACGCAUUCAUUUCAGGUAAUCGCUGUGCGAAAUGGAUUCCCAAAAGGUCCAGGCGGACUGAAAGUCCAUCGCACUAUCAGAGUCCGCUAUCAACAGAUUCAUCACCAAGUCCAGUGGUGCCGUUCCGAUCACUUUUAGAAGACCGUACGCGGAAGCUGUCACCAUCGGAAUUGCCAUCCGAACGCGGUAUUAUCACGUUCACACUCAGCUACGAUCCAGUAUCACUUGCACUGCAGGUAGGGAUGAGCGCCUUAUAA